AUGUCGACGCCGACGCCAGCGGCUAUGAAGCAUGCGACUUCGCAGCAAGGCCGCACUCCUUCCGGCCAGCAGGGCCGCACGCCGUCGCACUUUCCCGCCGCUACGCCGCCCGUCUCCACGCCCUUCAACGCCGCCCAGGCUGCCUUCUCCCCGCGCGGCCAGCAUUCGUCGCCGCAGCACGUCAAGAAAUCACCUGCUACCAUGGGAAUGACGGGUCAGUCAACCAUGGCCGCUCUCAACUUCGACAGCCCCUCGACGGCAGCAGCUAUGGGCGCCCUCGUGAUGGGAAACGGCUUCGAUAUGGGGCUCGAAGGCGUCGCGGGCCUCGACGGCGUCGGUGGUGCCUACGCCAGCGAGGAGGAGAAGCUGCGGCGACUGGAGAACAUUAUAAAAAUGUUGAACGUACGGGAAAAGAAGGGCAUGGUCAGCGACGCAGGCCUCGAGCGACUCGCACAACGGCUGGGGAUGGAAAUCCUGUCCGAAGAACAUUCUACACCCGGAGGCCACAAAACGAAAACGUUAGCCAUUGCCGGAUCUGCUAUUGCCCUUGAUAUUGUCUUGGACAACAACAUUGUCCAGAAUGCGACACUCUCGUACCAUGGAAAUGCAGACUCUGUCACAAAACACAUCGAUGCGGCGAGUCAGAUACUUCUCAAGGAUCUGCAGCUUUCUUCUGGCCAGAGCCCUCUGACUAAGACGCUGGAGAGGUUCGCCAUCAACUUUGAGCGUCUUGCGAGACUGGACAAGCUCAGCAUUGUGCCUGGGUUGGAUUGCCACGAGGCGCUGUCGAGCAUGCAUUCUAGCCUGGGGCGCUUGUAUGGCUGGGAUCUAGAGCAGCUGCGCCGAACCAUGACUGGCAGGCCAGAUUCCUUGAUAGAAAGUUCUGCCAUGUGCACCCGGCACGGCAGACCAGUCAUGCACGAGCGCGGCCAGGUCGGGCUGGCUCUACAGUACUGGAAGGAGAGGAGAUUUAUCGCACCGCGAGCGGGACAGGAAGCGAGCGCCCAGAACAAGGUAUGGUCCAUGCUCCUUGGCUGCGCUGCCAUUGAUGGCGUGGGACUACCGCCCGUUCGGGUGUCAGAGAAUUGGAUCUCCAAAGACAUUGUCAAGCAGGACGACAUGAGCGGCGCGUUGAGUCCUCCCCUGGACUGGCAGGAGCCUGAUAAUGUUUCAUUACCCCAAAACGACGAAAAUAAGGACGCUGGCAUGGAUAUGCUCCAGGCUGACCUCUCCACCACCAGAGUGCCGCGCGUCAUGUUCACAGCUACUUUUGAUCCACCCAUUAUUCUCCCGCAGAGCGAAUGGUCGCGCUUCUACGCGAUUGUCGGGCUCGAGCCACCGAUGAUGACCAUGAUCAACGAGUUCAACCGCCAGCCUCCCACCUUUGACCAGCUCUUCUUCCCGGUGAUGCCAGGCACGAAGCAAGAUAUCAGCGAGCCACGCACCAUUGUUCGCAGACACCAGGUGCCCAUGAUCAACACAUACAAUGACUCCCUGACCAGGACGCAUAAGAACAGCCUAUUCAUCUACAAGCCCAUAUACUCACAAGAACUGUCAGAGCUUCCAUUUGGGCAUCCCCGCCAGCUUAUCGAAAUGCUGCCGGUGCUUCGUCAAUAUGCAUUCUUGUCGACGUUGUUGGAGAGUAGCUUUGGCCGAAAGGACGAGUCCACGGCUGAGAGUGGCGGAAAUCACAAGGCGGAGGAAAAUGAGGCCGAGCAGUCGGAUAGCUCGACCAUGAAGGAUCAACUCGCCGAGUUUAUGAACCUGGAUAAAUCCGAUGCGAAAUCAAACGCCGGGAUGCCGGUUAGCGUUCCGGCAGACCUCUCGCUGGACGUCAUCCUCUGGGUACAUCCGUCGCCGCACAUGCAGGUCGUCUUUCCCAUGCGUGACACGACGGCCAACAUCACGCUAAGCAUCCUUGAAGGAGGCCUGGUGCAAAUCAUUCAUGAAAAUGUCAUUGGUGAGGAGCCGGGCCCUGUCAAGGAGAUUAACGGGAGCAACGUGACGAGGGAGCAGCUGGCCAAGGUGCUGGAGCAUCUCGAGGACCUGAGCAAGUGGGCGGAAUGGAUUCGAUCCCGGUUGUAA